GAUUUUAUCCUCUCAUUACACGAUACUGGCAUCACCAUUACAUACACAGCUAAAGACCAAAAACACUAACAAAGCCACAGAUCAAACUCCACAACUAGUUCUCUGUCAUGGAGAACAAGGAACCCAACACCGACAGUGCUAAUAGCAACAUGAAAACGUCCUUACUAGUCCUAAACUGUAUCCUUCUAUGUCUAGGCGACUGUGGAGGUCCUUUAAUAAUGCGUCUCUACUUUAUCCAUGGCGGCAAGCGUAUCUGGCUCUCAAGCUUUCUUGAAACUGCUGGUUGGCCUAUAAUUCUCAUCCUCCUCACUAUAACCUACCUGCACCGCCGCAAAACCAAUUCCCAAACCAAUCUUUUCCUUAUGAAACCUCCUUUGUUCAUUGCGGCUGCAGUAGUUGGUCUGCUCACUGGCUUGGACGACUAUCUAUAUGCCAUAGGCGUAAAAUUUCUCCCUAUAUCUACUCUGUCUCUAAUCAUUGCAACUCAUUUGGCUUUCACCGCUGGUUUCGCUUACCUCCUAGUGAAGCAGAAGUUUACAUCCUACUCGAUAAAUGCAGUCGUUUUGUUGACGACUGGAGCAGCUGUUUUAGCUAUGCAUACAAGUAAUGAUCGUCCGAAACAUGAAUCAGAAAAGGAGUAUAUAUUAGGCUUUGUAAUGAUACUAGGAGCUGCUCUACUGUAUGGGUUUGUGUUGCCUUUGGUGGAGUUGAGUUACAAGAAAUGUAAGCAGCAAAUAAACUACACCCUAGUGAUGGAGUACCAGCUGGUGAUGUGUUUGUUUGCUACUAUUUUUUGCACUGUGGGAAUGCUUGUUAACAAUGAUUUCCAGGUGAUUACAAGAGAAGCAAGAGAGUUUGAACUAGGGGAAGCAAAGUAUUAUGUGGUGCUGGUGUGGAGUGCAAUCCUAUGGCAGUUUUUCUUCUUGGGAGCUAUAGGAGUCAUAUUUUGCGCUUCUGCUUUGUUGUCCGGUAUUAUAAUUGCAGUUCUACUUCCUGUGACAGAAGUCCUAGCAGUCCUUUUCUACAAAGAGAAAUUUCAAGCGGAAAAAGGAGUCGCUCUUGCACUCUCUCUUUGGGGAUUUGUUUCAUACUUUUAUGGUGAGAUUAAACAGAGCAAGAAAAAGAAUCGCAAUCUAGAAACAGAAAUGUCUCCACAAGCUAAUCCCCCAGUUCCCAUAGAUGGAAAUGUUUGAAUGCAAGGAAAGCUUUCACUUGAAUGGAAGAUGAAGCACAUCAAAGACCAGGCCUUGAAUUGGUUAGACGAACAACUGAGCAGACAUUGACAAGGAAAACUACUCUUUUCAAUGUGAAAACAUUCCAUUGUGUCUUUGUUGUAUGUCUCUACUAAAUAUCAGAGGUUAUUUAUUCUCUU